AUGGCGGCACCAGGGGUCACGAUGGGUGCGAAGGGUCACGCCUUCUCAGAUUUGAAGGGGUUGCGUGGGGCUGAGGGCUCAAUGGCAGGGAUUUCUUGUAUUCAGGCCCUCAGGCCCACUCAGCCCCGGGGGAGACAGUGCGGGGGAGACUCAGUGCCAGAUCAUGGCAUCCUGAUCGGCCCGGACUCGGACCGUAUGGCUGAUAUCACUGACGUUCUAAUGAAGCAAAGAGCCCAUGAUCGCACCUCCAUAGCAAGGGAACAGCUAGGCACGGAUGAAGAUUUGUCCUACCUACACGAUGUAAAGAUCAGCGACAAGAUUCGCGAAAGUUUGGAACUACAGUACUGGUCUACGUUACAAAAGACUCUUAAAAAAGGAAAUCAACUAUCAUUGCCUGCUGCCUACCAGCUUGAAAACGUGAACUGGAUCAAUACUUUCUUUGAUUAUCUUGCUUCCGAUCCAGACGCAGGAAACGCUCCUGUAUAUCAAGCAGAGUACCUGAUUCCAGAUACAAUCAUCAUCAAGCAACGGCGAGCCUUUGCAUGGAUUUCUGCGAAUGACAGUGUCAUACACCGGAGGGAGAAAAUCACUGACCUGCAACCGAGGUUGCUUCAUGAAGGGAUCUGUCAGGCCUACAAGAGGAAAGGAUUUGUCUUAUCCUCCAGCACUGUCCUUGCAUACCUCAUCGCAGCCCAGUGGAAUGAUCAGAAGAACGAGUGGACUUCGACCGUGGAGUACUUCGAUGUGGACUCCCUGAGGACGUACCUCUACGAGAGACUGCGAUGCGACGACAGAAGUGGUAUCCUCCAGCUUCACAUCCCCCCUCCAGGCGGCUCCAACUCUGUGAUCCGAGCUUGGUGGACACCGCAUUGCCUCAAGAUUGAGCAACGGGCGAACAUCCAUGACAUUGACUCUCCUCAUAUCCCUCUCAGCACCCGGGCAGCGACUUUCGACGGAUUCUUGCACUUGUCUGAGAUCAGGAACAUUCCUGGUCAGGACCUUCGCGAUGAGAUUGCGGAGCAGCUUGAGUGGAUCGUAGAACACCUCUCCUCCCUCCUGCCCUUUACUCACCGGAUAUGGCGAGGAGUGUUCUACUUCAAGAUGGGGGUCGAUGGAAGGUUGUACCUGCUGUGGUGCUCCUCCUUGCAGUUCAUGACUGAGGAGAACCACGAGGGAGCGACGAAUCAGCGUCCUUCCACCCCCAAGUGUAUUGAGAGCUCGCAGUUCAACGGCGAGGUUGUGGAAGCAGUGGAUGGCAAGCAUGAUACGGAUAAGGGAUUGGGCCCGGACAUCGGACUCUGUCCAAGUUGUGCAAGGGACAUCUCAAUUUGCAAUGCAAUCGAGUACAAGGUAAGAUAUCUCUCCCUCCUCAGAAAGAUCUGCCCGCUCCUCUACGUCGCCAUCGAAAGGGAGCGCGAUAUUGUGCAGAGGAUGAGAGAAACUGAUAGAUCUUGGUCUGAGUACAUAGAGAGUGCUGGGGCGGCCAGGCACAUCAAAUAUGGCGAGACGAUCGAAACGAAAUUCCCAAGAAACCCGUCGAGGCGGCGAUACGUGCCGGUCCGAUCAUCCUACAAUGCUGAACAUGCACACAAAAUGGAGAUAGAGGCAGAGAAGAAGGCUUUCGAUAAAGACAGGCAUUACCUCCGGACGAUCAUCAUGGCUUCUGUCUUCAAGAAGAAAGAAAUCUCUUUCGAGAGGAUGAGAGAGAUUGUGCUGUGGGCUGCUACGAACCCCUCGUUCGAGGGAAGGCUUGUCUCAGUCUGCGAGGAUUGCUGUCUCUCCAUCAACCAGUCGGAGAUCGAGCAGGCGAAGCUCGACCUCACAGACUGUACGGCUCCUCUCGACCAAAUCGCUCGCCCCUUCUCCUCCCACAGGGUCCCAGCCGAUGACGAGACCAUCCGACAGGACAGCAGGCUGUCCUCCUCCUCAAGGACCCGCCUGCGGACCCCCAACGUGUCGCUGGACCCAGACCUCUCCCUCGUGUCGAGCUCGGAGCUGGUGACCAAGGUGAUCACAGCGUCGCAGAAGCGGCGGACGGAGAGGAGGAAGGUGGAGGCACUGCAGCAGGAGACUGAAGAAUUCAUUAAGAGAAACGCGAAGCACCGAGAGAAGCUGCGGGAGGCGAAGGGGCAGGGAGGAGGAGAGUGGAUCCCUCGGGCUUCCGACGUGGAGACUAUAGACGAGAUCUUCUCCUCCUACGACGCGGACAAGGACGGGUUUCUCUUCCUGCAGGAGGUGGAACUCUGUUUAAAGGAGAUCGCCUCUGCCUUCAACAAGAGCCUUUCCUUCAGCUCCGCGAAGGCGCAGGCGGAGCAGUGCCUUCGCACGUGCGGGAGGACGGGAAGGGACCGGGUGAACCUGGAAGAGGUGAAAGAUUACAUCUCCAGCCAGCCAGAGGUCUUCGGGCCGCUGCUGAUGUGGAAGUACACGUUCAACAAGUACAGGAGGAAGGGGACGGAGGAGAUGGGAAAGGAUGGGCUUCUGAGGAUGGUGAAGGACAUCAUGUCGACGCUGGGGAAGCAGAUCGAGGAGCCGAUGGCGCGGCAGCUCGCGCAGGACCUGAUGGAUGCGGCGGACACGGACGGGAGCAACUCCAUCGACUUUGACGAGUUCCUGCAGUACGCGUGGACGCGGGAGGAUAUCUUCGGGCGGCUGUUGCAGCACAAGAGCAAGGGGGACAGCGAGCAUGAGGCCUGGAAGAUGUGGAGGGAGAGGUUUGACAUCUCGCAGCACAAGCUCACCCUCGCCUCCUCCCGCCUCCGGGCCGCAGAGAUCGACGACGAGGUCGAGGGCUUCCGCAGGCUGCUGGAGGAGGAGAAGCUCCACAUAGCACAGGAUGGGAGUGACCUCCUCUCGCUCUCCGGCUUGGCGGCUGACAUCGGCUCGGGCAGGCUUCGCAGCCAUUCCUUCGUCGCCCUGCAGAGGAUGAGAAAGAAGAACCUCUCGCUCGCCCUGAGAAUCAUGUCGCCUCGCAGCCGCGAGCAGGCGAUCCGCGUCAUCCGGAGAGGGCAGGACGAGGAGGGGGGAGGGAGACUAUCCCGAGCAGCAGGGGAAGCCGGUUCAGAAGGAGCAGAAGGAACCGAAGGAGGAGGAGAAGUAGUGAUUGAAUACCCAGGAGAAGGAGAAGGAGAAGGAGAAGGGGCAGCAGCAGAGCUCUCUGGGCUGGGGCAUCCUCGCGUGCUCGGGGAGUCAGUGGACGUGACGUCAACGGACGAUGAUCAUCGCCCGGCGUUUCAGCCCUCCGCCCUCCCUUCCUCCUCCCUCCUUGACGCCCAGAUGGAAGAGCUCAACAAGCGCCUGGACGAUCUCCAGGACUGGUCCGAAGGCUCCCCCGACAUGCUGGAAGGAGGAGGAGAGGAGGCUGUGAGGGAGGAGGAAGAAGAGAAGAAGCCGAGGGAGGAGAGCGACAGCUUCCUGCCCAAGCUGAAGACCAAGAAGGAAAGGACGAAGUCGACCAAGGCCGGAGCGUCAAGGUGGAGGAAGCAACGUCCUCCGGCGCAGUGCGGCCCGCACAUGCGGGGAGAGGAGGAGAGGCCAAGAAGCUCGUUGGAGGUGGCGAGGAGAGAGAAGGUGGUGGGACACGUUCGAUCCAAGUCCUCCAUGUCCCAUCAUGCCGCCCCUGCUGCUGCUGAGGAAGUGCUGAGGGCAUCAGCAAUGGCAAACAGGAAGCUGAAGCCUCUGCGAGACUCGCCUGUGCUCAGACCCUUGGCUCCUUCCUCGGGAGACCCUUACCGCAUCAAGUUCAUCGAGGUCUACAACCCUCUGACUUCCAGCGGAAUUCUCUGCGCCGCCGGCAGGAUGCCGAGCAAGAAGCGGAAGCAGCUCCCGCCCCGACCAGAGCAGCAGGAGAAGGCGAAGGAAGGAGGAGAGGCGGAAUCGACGGUUGAGCAGAAGCAGGAGGAGAAAGAGCAGGAGGAAGAGAAGGGGAAGGGGAAGGGGCAGGAGCAGGAGCAGGAGCAGCAGAGGAACCAGAGGUGA